AUGCAAUACAAACACACGCUCGCUGCUGCUUCUUUAGCUACUGUCGCUAUGGCUGCUUAUGUACCAUCUGAACCAUGGUCUACAUUGAGCCCAAACGCUACCUUUAGUGGCGCUAUAUCAAAUUACAAUGGUUCAUUUGGUAUUGCAGUCUUCCCAUUAGCUACUUCCACCUCCUCUGCUGCUAAAGGAAAGAGAGAUGCUAUUUCUCAAAUUGGUGAUGGUCAAAUUCAAGCCGCUACUACCACCACUGGUACUCCAAUUAAAACUCCACCACCAGCCGCUCCACCAGCCCCAGCCCCAAAAACUGAAGUUACAACCAAUACCGCUGUUGCUCCAAAGACUGUUGCUACCACUAACACUGCUGUUGAAGUUAUGACUCAAGCUACCACUGUUACUAACGUUGCUGUCAAGACUGAAGCUACCACUACAACCAAAGUUGCAACAAUUGCUACUACCAGCACUGCCGUUAAUGUUAUGACUGAAGCUACUACUGUCACUAAUUUUGCUCAACAAACUACUGCUAAAACUUUCGCUAAGACCGUCACUUCAGUCACUGAAGAAACUUUUGCUACAACUUUCACUUCUGUUACUGCUGAAACCAAGACAAUUACUCCACCAGCCCAAGCCCCACCAGCUCCAGCUGCUAAUGGUUGUGAAGAAGGUGCUGCUGCAGUUUCUCAAAUUACUGACGGUCAAGUUCAAGCUACUGUUGCUGUAACUAAACCAAAGGCUUGUACACCAACUACCAAACCAACUGUUGCUGCUGUUCCAAAGAGAACGGAAGCUGCUGUUUCUCAAAUUGGUGAUGGUCAAGUUCAAGCUACCACAAAGGCUGAAGCUCCAACUUUUGCUCCAACUACCACUUCUUCAGUUAAGACUGAAACUGCUGUAUCACAAAUUACUGAUGGCCAAAUACAAGCUACCAACAAGCCAGCUACUACUACCUCUAACGGUACCAAAAACACUGCUGCCCCAGCUGUUUCUGGUUCUAGCACUAAAGCCUCUGGCUCUUCAACUGCUUCUACCUCUGCUCCUCAAGCUUCUGAUGAUUCUUUCUUCCAAGCUACCGCCUGUAAAAACAAUGGUACUUUAACAAUGAAUCUAAAGAAUGGUAUCUUAACCGAUGAAAAGGGUAGAAUUGGUUCUAUUGUUGCUAACAGACAAUUCCAAUUUGAUGGUCCACCACCACAAGCUGGUGCCAUUUACGCUGCUGGUUGGUCUAUCACACCACAAGGUAACUUGGCUUUAGGUGACAGCGAUGUUUUCUACCAAUGUUUAUCUGGUAAUUUCUACAAUAUUUAUGAUGAAAACCAAGGUGCUCAAUGUCAAAAAGUAUACUUACAAGCUGUUGAACUAACAAACUGUUAA